AUGAUAGACGAUACUAAAGGAGGCGAGUUUCAAUGCUUGACGUGUGAUUUUGCCCGAAAUGCCGCUGAAGCCAUGAAACAUCAGUCUGCAACUAGACACAAAUCGAUCAUGUAUUCGCCCACAGAGGAAGAAAUCAGCUGUGAAGAAUGCCAAAACAAUAACAUUCACCUGCUUCAAAUUGUGCGUUUUGGUGGGGAAGAUAUGAGUUUGCUGUGUAAUAGCUGCUUAUGCCGAGACUAUACAGACUCGGAAAGGCCGAGCACUUCUUAUACGCUCGCAAACGGAUCGCUUUUACAUCACUUUUCUAACUAUCUCAAAGUUCGAGACAGCAGUUGCUCACUGUGCGGUACAGAGCGACACCUGAAUGUCAACGCGAAGCGCAAAGUUUUGUGCGAUGCGUGUCUCGUAAAGCAAGCAGAUCAACGAGACUUUGUCUCGGAAGCCAGUGGUAAAUUCGUGUAUUUGCUUCUUGGGAUUCAAGAACAGGGCAGUGCGAAGAGUGUGCAUAAGAAAGGUGGCCGAAUGGUUGGACGUCGCAAGAAGAAGGGCGACGCAUCGACGCUGUCGUCUUCGCGUCGAAAGCGUGAGAAAAAACCACUCACAACCCUCGAAGAAAUGGCCAAGAAGGCUUAUGAUACCAAGAAGGUCAACAGUUUGAUUCAAAGUGAAAGUGGAGUAAGUUUGCGGUCUUUCAAAGGUGUGAAAGCGACCCAAAACGAUCCUUCAUCGAAAGCUCAAAGCAAGACCGUAGGCUAUCCAACGGGGGGAAAAACACAUGCAAAGGGUUUGAAGUUAAAAGACAAGCCAGCGGCUUCAAACCGUAAGCCUAAUCCCUCUCCCAAGGAUCUCCAUGCUAAGAAUUCGCCUCGUUCGCAAGGAAAAGCCAAUUCAGUACCUAAAACAUCGCGAUCUGCAUAUAGCAUGAAAGGGGUUUCUGAUACUACUACAGGAUGCACACCCACGAAUUCUACUAAUACCAAAGGAAGCAAAGUCGCUUCAACCCAGUCGAAAAAGUUGCAGAAGGGCAACAGCCAAGCGAAGCCACACAAAACACAGGACGAGACCGGCAAAGCUCGUGAAACCCCGUCGAAAAACAAGGGGGAGACAAAUAAAGAUCAAAAAAUCGACGCAAAACAUGAUAGACCCGCGAAAAAAAACAAGACGCAUAAAUCAGGAACUCCGAAUUCAAUCCCAGGUUCAGCCCAAAAUGAAGUAUCUCCGAAUGAAAACAAAAAAGCCACGAUCAAAUCUGUCAAUGAUACCGAGGAUGUUGAAUUUGAAGAAGGUGAGCCUGUCAAAAGAUUUGUCAAAUACGUGCCAAAAAUGUCGUACCCCAAUCUUACGUCUUACCUGUCAGAAUUCUCCCAUGCGCUGUUCCUUGAAGAAAGGUUGGAGAACGAUUUCCUUCAAGAUUUCCAAAUCACCUGGCCCAAGAACCCAAAUGAAAGGGCAUUUGUCAUAGCUAUGAAGAGUGACAGUGAAGAAUUGAAAAAACUAUUACCAGCGAACUUGAUACAGCUUGGUAGAUUACCCUUCACUAAUCAACAACCUCUCAUGUUAACUAACCAAGAUGAAACUAAAAUUUGGUACUCGUACGUGCGAGAAAUAGAAUCUCGUAAAUCGAAACUGACCAUCCUUCUGGAGCUUUAUCCCUGGUGUGAAGAAAGUUUGCCAAGGCGGGCUAGUAACGAUAGCUUUAAGAUUUUGCCAUGUUCUGCCCAGGUGAAUAGAAUCAUGUUUGCAAUGACCAAAAUUGAAAACCCAAAGUUUAUCAAAUUACUCUUGGGACAGGAAAGCGUCAAACAAGUAAAUUUUCAAAACAGGCUUCAGUUCACCAAAGAAACACUCAACGACUCGCAAAAAUCCGCCAUUCAGCACGUAAUGAACAACAGCGUCACGAUUCUACAAGGUCCACCUGGUACAGGUAAAACGUCGACUAUAGAGGAAAUUAUACUACAAUUGAUACAAAAUUUCCACACUUUUCCUAUUCUUUGUGUCGCCGCAUCAAAUAUUGCAAUUGAUAAUAUUGCCGAAAAGUUCAUGGUCAAUAGACCAGACAUUAAGAUCUUGCGAAUCGUAUCUCAAACAAAAGAGGCACAGUAUAAUGAGCAGCACCAGUUAGGAGGCAUAUGUUUGCAUAACAUUGUAAAUCACCAGCUACCAGCCACAGUUAAGGAGACUAUUGCCAAGUUAAGAAGCGGAAUUCCUGGCAGAGUAUCGAAAAAUCAAUAUAAUAAGCUGCUAACUACGCAGAAUACGAUUUCCGAUAGACACGUCGCUCAGGCGCAAAUUAUUUUCACCACCAAUAUCGCCUCUGGUGGCCGUCAACUAAAAGCGAUUAAAGAGUUGCCUGUUGUCAUAAUGGAUGAGUCUACUCAGUCCUCAGAGGUUUCCACGCUUGUGCCCUUGUCCCUACCAGGAAUAAAGCGCUUUGUUUUUGUGGGUGAUGAAAAGCAGCUUUCAAGCUUUAGCAACGUCCCGCAAUUAGAGUUGUCUCUUUUCGAGAGGAUUUUACUGAACGGGACGUACAGCCGACCCCAUUUACUGGAUACGCAGUACAGGAUGCAUCCUGCUAUCAGCGAAUUCCCAAUUCGUACGUUCUACGAGAGCAAGCUGAAGGACGGCGUCACGGCUGCUGACAAGAGCUGGCCCGGUGUAGCCAAUCCGCUGUUUUUCCUCCAAUGCGACGACGGGCCUGAAUCUAAGGUAUUUAACGCGCGUCGCGGCAUGCGCGGGUUCACUUACAAUAACAAGCACGAGGCAAGAGUAAUUUUAGGGGUGAUCCACAAACUGAUUGUCGAAAAGGGCGUUCCGCGCGACGAAAUUGCUGUUAUUACGCCUUAUUCCUCGCAGAGAGACUUGGUAUCCGAGCUGCUUGAGAAGGACCCCAUUGUGAACCCUUCGGGCGUGCCCAUGGUGCAGCAAAUGGAUAAGGACGACGUGAUAGGUGAUAGCUCAGGCGCCAAUGUCGGCGCAAAAGUGACUAUCAAUGUCGUCAACGGCGUUUACGUGGCCACCGUCGACUCGUUCCAAGGUCACGAGAAGCAGUUCGUGAUUUUCUCGUGCGUGAGGAACAAUAAGGAGUGCAAGAUAGGGUUUGUAAAGGACAGACGCCGUCUUAAUGUGGCCCUCACAAGAGCCAAAAGCGGCCUGGUCAUCGUUGGUAACAAAGAGGUUUUACGCCGGGGCGAUCCUCUCUGGAGCGACUACGUUAACUACUUAGAUGACAGGAAGGUGAUCUCUAGCACUCUUGACUCCUACUGA